UCCUCCACGGCCGGUCAGACGAUUGGUUCGGCGCAAGUUUGGGAUCGCCUCGUCUUGGACCGCCUCGGCGCACGGAGAGGCAGACGCAGGAGGACUCGAAACACGGAGGAGAGAGAGAGAGAGAAGAGAGAGAGGGGAGAAAGGAGGGGGAGAGGGAAAGGGAAACACGGGAGAAGCCUCCAUGUUUCAGCUGCCCAUCUUGAAUUUCAGCCCCCAGCAGGUCGCCGGGGUCUGCGAGACUCUGGAGGAGAGCGGGGAUGUCGAGCGCCUCGGCCGCUUCCUCUGGUCGCUGCCCGUCGCGCCGGCGGCCUGCGAGGUCCUCAACAAGAACGAGUCGGUGUUGAGGGCCCGGGCGGUCGUCGCCUUCCACACCGGCAAUUUCCGUGAACUCUACCACAUCCUGGAGAACCACAAGUUCACCAAAGAGUCGCACACGAAGCUGCAGGCGCUUUGGCUCGAAGCGCACUACCAAGAGGCGGAGAAGCUGCGGGGACGCCCGCUGGGGCCGGUGGACAAAUACAGGGUGCGGAAGAAGUUCCCCCUACCGAGAACCAUAUGGGACGGAGAGCAGAAGACCCAUUGCUUCAAGGAGAGAACCCGGCACUUGUUAAGAGAAUGGUACUUACAGGAUCCUUAUCCAAAUCCUAGUAAAAAGAGGGAGCUUGCACAGGCUACAGGACUUACACCCACACAAGUAGGAAACUGGUUCAAAAAUCGCAGACAAAGAGACAGAGCAGCGGCUGCGAAGAACAGGCUCCAGCAGCAGGUCCUGUCCGGCGGCUCGGUUCGAUCCCUGGCGGACGACGACGGCACCGUGGACCGCCUGGGGAACUCGUCCAGUCCGGAGGCCAGUCUGUCCAGCAAAGCCGCCGCCUCGGCCAUCUCCAUCACCUCCAGCGACAGUGAAUGUGACAUCUGACGGGCGGAUCGACGGCGUUGAUGAAUUAAAGGGGGAUGCCGAGUGAAAGACAAUCCAAUAAAACAAGUCCUAGUGCCUGCGUUGAGAAAAGGAACACACACACACACACACACACACACACACACAUACGCGAGGACUGAUAUUUGACGGUUGCCAAAACACGAGGGGAUUUGUGAUCUGCGGCGGACUGCCCGUCCUUUUCCUUUUAGGCGUGCAUUUUUUUUUGCGUUUUACCCACGUGUGGAUAACUGAACUUAAUAUGGACAAAACCUGUUUGAUGGACUAAUAAACCAACGCCCCAAGAUGAAAAGUAAAAAGGAGGAAAAAAAUACAAAAAGAGGGGGGGGGGGGGGGGCGAAGGCAUUCAAGCGCCUAACCUGCUGUUAUCUGUGGGUAUUUCAUGUUGAAAAAGAACUGUGAGAUUUUUACUUUACUUUCAAAGUUUUAUAAAUAAUGUUUAUUUGCCUAUUUAAAAACGAUCUGCUCUGUCUCUUCGAAUUUCAUAUUCAUUUGCUUGGUGUUUUUAAUACUUACCUUGUACACAGGUGAACCUGUUGAGCAUGCGCGCUUUAGUGAAAAAUGUGUUUCAAUAAAAGAAAAAAAGAGUAAAGAUAACUUAAUAAAAUAAUUGUUGAUCAAGAGAGUAUAACGUUUAGUCUUAUUUUCUGUUUGGGGGGAAAAGGCAGUCGUGACUAA